ACCCACGGAUUCUAUAUGCUAAUUCCCGAUGAUUGCACAUACCAGCUGCCAGUGGGGGGGGAAUGGAGAGCACAGUGCAGGCGCGCUGGCCAGCCUGCGGGAGGGGAGCCAGUCACCCGUAGGCCCCACGCAGCUACAGCCAGGUGCAACCCACCCUCCUCCGGGUGGGGGAAUAGAGAGCACAGCACAGGCGCACUGGCCGGCGUGCGGGAGCUUGUGAACACGUUCUUCAGUUUCCUCAGACGCAAAACUGACUUCUUCGUCGGCGGAGAAGAGGGAGUAGCAGAGAAGUUGAUCACAGAGACAUUCAACCACCACAACAAGUUGGCUCAGAAAGAGCGGAAGGAGAAAAAGGCCCGGCAAGAGGCAGAACAGCGUGAAAAGGCAGAGCGAGCUGCCAGACUCACUAAAGAAAAGAAGCAGGAAGAUAAUGAGCCGAGGAUCAAGGAGCUUACGGAGGAAGAGGCAGAAAGGUUACAACAGGAAAUCGACCAGAAAAAAGAACAAAAACAAGAUGAGCCCAAAGAAGUCUCCAUGAAACCCUCUGAGAAUCCAACAGAAUCUCCAGAGUCUAGCAAACAGGAGACGGAUGACGAGGAAGAAGAUGAGAAGGAUAAAGGAAAACUUAAACCAAACUCUGGGAAUGGUGCUGACCUUCCGAACUAUCGGUGGACACAGACCCUUUCUGAACUGGAUCUGGCCAUCCCAUUCAAGGUGAACUUCCGGCUGAAGGGGAAGGAUGUGUUGGUGGACGUUCAGAGACGACAUCUGAAAGUGGGGCUGAAGGGGCACCCCCCAGUGAUUGAUGGGGAUCUGUACAAUGAAGUGAAGGUGGAGGAGAGCUCCUGGCUGAUUGAGGAUGGUAAAAUAGUCACUGUGCACCUGGAGAAGAUCAACAAGAUGGAAUGGUGGAACAAACUAGUCCUCACAGACCCAGAAAUCAACACAAAGAAAAUUAAUCCGGAGAAUUCAAAGUUGUCAGAUCUGGACAGUGAAACUCGCAGCAUGGUGGAGAAAAUGAUGUAUGAUCAACGGCAGAAAUCCAUGGGGCUCCCGACAUCUGAUGAACAGAAGAAGCAGGAUAUACUGAAAAAGUUCAUGGAGCAGCAUCCUGAAAUGGACUUCUCAAAGGCUAAAUUCAACUGAGCCCCUUGAUCUCCUCUCCCCCCACCCGCCUCAGACAAGCCAUGGAAUGGGGCAGGAUGUGCAUGGAGCGGGGGUGGGGAGUGUCCUCUCCUGACCUGGGGCUAGUCAACACUCCUGUUAUCCCCCAGUGAGCUUGCCACAGAUGCAGCUUCCUGACGCAUCCCCUUCACUGCUGUCAGUCCAGCACCAUGCAAGGCCCCUGCCUUACUUUGCAGCAGCGCCUGUCCGACCUGCAGCCAGCGGGCUCGCAUUUAUAUCGACAUUGGGGGCUUGCUUGGCAGAGCGCAGGGAUGCAGCAGAAAAAGGCUAUUUGAGUUAGGCUAAAGCAAUGUUUGAACAUCUAGGACUGUCCCUUGCCUCUUGGAACCCACUAACCCCAGCCCCUGGUUCCGAACCCAUCUAGGUGUGACCGGAAUAGAGCCGCCCUCCACGCACCUGCUUUGAAACGGGGGCAAUUCCAUCCUCUGCCCCUCCCCCUCCUCAUGUACUUGCUCCAAAGCACCUGCACAGCUCUCGUAGGACCUGCCCUUUGUGUAUCAAGCAAUUUGAGGCUGGAUGAGCUGUGGAGUUUGGAGGGUUGGUUCUACCGUCAGCAAUACAGCCCUGUUUGCACUCCGUUGAGUCCCUCAGCUCUUCCUGCCUGCCUGCCCUGCUCUGGUAUAGAAAUGGUUGGCUCCUCUAGCUUCCAUCUGUUUGUCUGGGGGGAGGUCCCCAAUACGGCCGCCUUCGCCCUUGGGCUUUGGAGUAGAGGCUAAUGUGCCAAUUAAACACCAUGUUCUCGACA